AUUAACCAAUCAAUCGAGACAAGACGUCAGGAGAGCAAUUUUACCUAUAAUUAUUGUCCAAUACCUGCUAUGGACGGUGAUACCCAGCACGAUGGCCGAGGAGGUCAUGAGGCUGUCUUACUUAAAAAUACAAUAUAUUUUAUCGGUGGAUCCCAUGCGAUACCAAAUGCAAGUCCAUUCAAAAGUUCUAUACGAGGUUAUAACUUGUCAAAUGAAAUUUUUUACUUGGAUCUUGCAUCACCAUUCUUUACAACAAGUCCACCGUACGUAGACCUUAGUGGGACUUCUGCGCGAUUGCAAUUUGGAAAUGAAAAAGGAACUGCAUUAGUUGGUGGACGUUCUAAUGAAGAAAUACUGCUCGUUGGAGGUGUAUACCAAAAUCUUACCCUACUUGAUCAGAUAGAUCAUAAUGCAACAAUAAUUUCAAAUCAGACAUUAAUGAUAAAUGAAUUACUUAAUACUUGGAGUUCAACAAAUCAAACCAUUUUUAUUUACCGGCCAACUGCACAAACUUGGAUGAAUCCUAAGUCUGUCGCGAAUAUUGGUGCACCAAUAAUUAGACGUAGAUCAACUUCAACAGUUAUAUCGAAAGGAAUUAUAUAUAUAUUUGGUGGGCGAGCUGAAAUAGAUACGGGCUCACCCACAUUUAUUUGCUUUAACGAUUUAUACACUUAUGACACUGUUUUGUCGAAGUGGAAUAGGAUCAAUGCCGAUAAUGUUCCUACACCUCGAAGUCACAGCGCUGCAGUGUUACUUCCAGAUGGUAAGAUCCUUUACAUCGGUGGUGUUAGUCAGGCUUCUCCUGGAAAAGAUGUAACACCAAUAGAUAUGAAAAUUAUCCCAGUAUUCGAUACAAAGUCUUCAACCUGGUCGUCUGAACAAGCGGAAUUUGGGUCAACUCUUAUUCAACCUCGAGCAGGCCAUUCAGCCAAUCUGGCGGCAGACAAUACGUCAAUUAUCAUAAUUGGCGGGACUUCAAGGAAUAUUACUAACGAUGGGAGUUCAUCGGUCGAGACAAAUGGAUUCAUUUAUGUAUUAGAUAUAACUAUGCCGUGCAUAACCUCUCUUGUGUGUCUUAUUGCAAUAGAAUUCGUGGGAAUAAUUUUAACUUGCUUACUCAAAAGCUGGUGCAAUUGGAAUUGGAAAUACACUUUAUAA